CCACGGUACUCCAUGACACUUGCCCCUAUAAAACCAACUCUCCUCCACACCAACAAAAUUUCACAACACAGAGAGGGAGAGGGAGCUAGCUACAGAGAGCAACAUGGAAGGUUACACAAGCACAAAACCCUCAGUACUCUCAUGCCAUAUUCUCACAUUCCUCUUCACCACUAUCAUCCUCCUAUCAAUCUUACACAACGCGCCGCCAGUCUCCGCGGUCCACACCAAACUCGUGCAUGGAGACAGUUCUCACCAGAAUCUAAAGCACGCAACAAAGGCUGGACCUAUUCCUGCCAAAAACAAGGGACCUACUUCUCAUACUAAGAGUUCGCGGGUAAAAUCCCCGACUACUACAAGCACUCAUCAGUUACUCCCACCCGUAACCUACACAAACUUCAUCAAAGCCUCAUGCUCCGCCACCAUGUACCCACCACUCUGCUUCCAAACCCUCUCCCCUCACGCCUCCGCGAUCAAAACCAACCCUUGGGAGCUCAGCAACGACGCCUUGACAAUCUCCAUAAAAUCCGCCCUUGCCGCCUCCACCACCGUCUCCAAACUUGCCCAACAGAGGGGCCUCGUGCACCGAGAUGCCGCUGCAAUCAAAGACUGCAUGGGGAAUAUUGCGGGCAGCAUUGGGUUGCUGAGGCAAUCUCGCGAGGCGUUGAGGAGCAUUGGCAAGAGCGAUUCUAUUGUGUUUGCCAUGGAUAGUAUCAAGACUUGGGUUAGUGCCGCCAUAACCGAUGAGAGUAGCUGUACUGAUGAGUUUUCUGGAGGGAAGGUGAGCGAAGGUGUGAAGAGAGAGGUUAGGAGUGGAAUUGCGCGCUUUGCUAAGACUACUAGUAAUGCUUUGGCUCUCAUUAAUCACCUCCACUAUUAAGAAAAUGCAGUAUGAUCGAGGAGAGAAGUUAUUUGCCAGAAAUUUCAAGGGAGAUCAGUGCAAUUUAUGCUUAUGAAUUUUAAUCUGCUGAAAGUAUUUAACAUACAUGAUGCACAAUGACAUUUAAAAAAAAAAAAACAGAUACUACAUCAUUUUGAUGGGUGUUUUGAUUUUGAGGGAGAGUGAACAACAUCAUUCUCUGGAAGUUUGUACGAACCCGGUCCCCCCUGGUGGUUCCACCCUCUCUUCUCUCCCCCUUUCCUCCUCUCCUACUUCCAUGAUUGUGAGAUAGUUGAGACUCUCUCAGAAAGAAGAUUUCCAUCCUCUCCAUCAUUUCUGAACUCGGGGGGUUUUGACUCUUGGAUCUAAUCAGCCUGCGCUACGAACUCCUGGGCUUUCCAA